UGUUUUAAUGUAAAAUGUCCAAAAAUAUAUAAUAAACGUCAGAUGUAUCGUCUCGAAAUUUCAAAGCCUCAGUUUAGGGAACUUGUUCCUCAGGAGCAGCGAACAAUUCUCUCCCCCCCUUGUAGUGGAUUUCUUCCAUCCAACGGCCAUCUGCCCUCCAUAGCAAACGAACGGAUAGAUUCCAUCACCACCAGCAUAAAAGAUCAUCUGUCGUCGCAACUUUAAACCCUCCGACGAACGGAAGGGUUUUAGCCGCACCCGAAGAGCCGCAGCCGACGAAGGAGUGAAGAAUGGCUUUUGCAAACAGAAUCGGGAAUCUCUUAAAGAAAUCUAUGACUUCCAGCCCAUCAUUAUAUCAAGCAAUACGAUGCAUGUCAUCGUCAAAAAUUUUCAUUGGAGGACUCUCAAAUGGCACAGAUGAUCAGAGUUUAAGAGAAGCAUUUACUAAUUACGGUGAAGUUGUUGAAGGUAAGUGGUUAUUUUUCUUUACUGAGAAAAUAAAUAAUUUACUUUACAAGCAAACACACAUGUUCUCCUGUGCCGCUAGAGUUAUCAUGGAUAGGGAAACUGGACGACCCAGAGGAUUUGGGUUUGUCGCUUUUACAUCUAAUGAAGAUGCCUCUGCUGCCAUAUCUGGCAUGGAUGGGAAGGAUCUUCAUGGUCGGAUGAUAAGGGUUAACUAUGCCACAGAAAGAACAGGUGGAUUUCGUGGUGGCAGCUAUGGGGGUGGUGGCAGUGGCGGCGGAGGUGGCAGUGGCUAUGGCAAUAUGGGAGGCAGCUACAGUGGCAGCAGUGGUUCUGGUGGUGGCUAUAGCAGUGGAGAUGGGUACGGUGGUGGAGGAUAUGGAGAUGGUGGCUCAAAUAAUUAUGGAGGGAGCUACAAUACAGGCCCCGCUGGUGGCUCUGAUGGUACUGGUGGUGGGUAUGAUAAUGCUAGUGUUGGUGGUAGUUAUGGAGUUGCCAAUGGUGGCUGCAACGGUGGUGUUGUUGCAGAAGGUGGCAGCAAUGCUGAUUAUGGUCGUGGUACUGGGUAUGAUAAUGCUAGUGUUGGUGGGAGUUAUGGCGUUGCCAAUGGUGGUGGUGGUGGCAGUUAUGGUGGCAGCAAAGGUGGUGUUAUUGCAGAAGGUGGCAGCAAUGCUGAUUAUGGUCGUGGUACCUAUGGUGGGAGUGAAUCCACAGGCUUUGGCAGCAGCUUCAGCAACAAUGGUGGAUAUGGUAACAACAACCAAUAGGAUUUCAAGGACGACGAUCAUGUGCCUAAUCUGUACGCGCACACGCGAGGCUAAUGGCCGAAUAAGCAAGUGUAUCUCAAUAGUUGGAACACUAGUUGGGUGUCCCAUGAUCUUGGAAACAAGAGGAUGAAUACUUUUAUCCAUGUGGAUAAUUGGGAUGCUCAUAUACUCUUGGAUUUGGGUUCAUCCUUGCUAACAAGACACCUUUUGAUUCAUGCCGGUAGUUGGGAUUCUCAUAGACUCUUGGAUCUAUUUGGGCUCAUCUUUUGUUAACAAUAUUAAGGAAAGAGAAGUGCAAUUGCACACUCUGACGGUUAAGAGAAGUUGGAUGGUUAACAAGUAGGAAGAACACUUUGUGA